CGUAGUUAGGGAUGAGGUCAUGAUUUUCACACAGAUUGAGUUCCCGUUUAGGGUGUAUUGUUAUGCUGGCUAAGGCGAGGAAGACUCACGAGAAUAGAGAGACAGAGAGGAGGCGCCACAUAAUAAAAAGCACACAACACAUUGUCAUCUCUUCCUUGCGUCCCCAGUUCCGAUGCCUGGGAGAUGUGGCAAUUCCAUAUGCUACUGGGGCUGUUUGGCAACGGAGGCAGUUAUUUGUUGCUACACCCACUAUUAUUGAGUGUGUAUUUGUUGAUGCUGGUGUUGCUGUUAUUGACAUAGAAACAAAACACAGAAAAGAAGAGAUAAGACUGAAAGAAGCACAAGCACAAGCUGUUAUCGAGCAUGGGGAGUUAGCGUUGAUAACAGUUGACGGCAAGCAAACGGCUGCUAAUGAGAGGAUUGCAUUAAGAUCCCCUAUGCUACAGCAACCCAAGGCUGAAAGUGAUGACUCAGGGAUGCUUAAAGUUACUGAAGAGAGGAGAGUUAGUGAGGUUUCUGUUGGUGAGGGCGGGGUUGUGGUUGCUGUCACUCGUUUUCCAGCAGAGCAGAAAAGACCAAUUGGACCUCUUGUUAUCGUUGGUGUUAGGGAUGGUGUUUUGUGGCUAGUCGACAGAUAUAUGGAGCAUCAUGAUGACCUAGCACAAUUUAUGCUUGGGAUAGGUUAUGCUACUGAAGCACUUCACUUGCCUGGAAUAUCUAACAAAUUGGAGUUUGAUUUGGCCAUGCUGAGCAACGAUUUAAGAAGAGCACUUCAGUGUCUUCUAACAAUGAGCAACAGCAGGGAUAUCAGUCAAGAAGCUCUUUGUUUGGAUCUGAGAGAUAUAAUGAGCUUGACAGAAAAGAAGGAAAAUAUUGUGGAAGCUGUUCAAGGAAUUGUAAAAUUUGUAAAGGAGUUCAUGGACCUUAUCAAUGCUGCAGAUGCCACUGGGCAGUCUAACAUUGCUCGUGAAGCUCUUAAAAGAUUAGCAGCUGCAGGUGCAGUGAAGGGAGCUUUACAAGGUCAGGAGUUACGAGGGGUCGCUUUGAGGCUAGCUAAUCAUGGGGAGUUGACAGGACUCGCUGGUGACAAUGGACUUAUGGAGAAAGCAUGGCAGGAAACAGGGAUGCUUGCGGACGCUGUUCUUCAUGCUCAUGCAGACGGGCGACCUUCGUUGAGAUCCUUGGUACAAUCUUGGAACAAAAUGUUGCAAAAAGAACUGGAGUGUAUCUCUUCAACAAAAACUGACGCUGCUGCUGCUGCUUUCUUGGCCUCCCUUGAGAAACCCAAGUUGACAAGUUUGGGAGAUGCGGCCAAAAAGCCCCCCAUUGGAAUACUUCAGAAAUCAGAUACACCAAUCUUAUUAGAAGGUUCGAAAACACCACCACCGAAACCAACAGAUCUUCUGGCUCCGGAUGCUCCGCCACAAGAAUCUGCACCACAACCACCACCGCCGCCGCUGCAGCAGCAAGGCUCUUCUGGCCCACAACAAUCAGAAGAAUCAGUUGAUGCUGCCCCACAAUCAGUUUAACUUGCAACUACAUGCAGAAAUGAACCAAAAAUAAGAUUCUGAUAAUCAU